AUGGGCGAUUUGCAGACUUUGCGGAAGAAGCAGGAGAUCCUGCUGAACAAGCUGGAGGUGCUGAACCAGUUCGUCGAGCACUACAAGGCGGAAGAACACGAGUGCCAGCUGGAAGUUCGACUCGGAAUGCUGAACGACGUUUACCUGGAGUUUACGAACCUACGGACGAAGCUGGAGUUGCUGCUGGAAGAAAAGGAUGCGGCCAAGUACGCAGAUGCGGAGCCGAAGGUCAAGCAGGAGGUCGUGUCACAUCGUGAAGAGGCCAAUCUACAGGUGGUACAGGAGUUCGACAACAAAUUCUGCAAGGUCAAGGCGAUGCUGAUUGCGAAGCGGCCGGUCAAGGUCGUCGCACAGACAGCUCAAGUCGGAAAUCUGCGCGAGUGGGUGACCUUCCGUGACACCUUCAAGAGUCUCAUCCACCGGAACUCGAAGCUGACAUCGAUGGACAAGUUCACCUAUCUCCAAUCGUCACUUUCUGGUCCUGCAUUGCUGGAGAUCAGUGGCAUCGACCUGUCGGAAGAAAACUACUCCGUCGCGUGGAACGCGCUGGAGGAGGAGUACGGAAACAAGAAGCUGAUCGUGAAAGCCCACCUCGAUGUCAUUCUGGAUCUGGAACCGCUGACCAAGGAGUCGUACGACGGUCUCAGCCACCUGCUCGGUGAGUUUGAGAAAAUCUGCAGAUGCUGGACAAGAUGGGCGAAAAGACUGCCGACUGGUACGGUUAUGGCGCACGUCCUGUGCUCAAAGCUGGACUCGGCCACGCUUAGGAAUUGGGAGACCCACCACAACAGCAAGGAUGUCCCAACCUACAAGGCUCUACUGGAGUUCUUGCGCGCCCACUGUUCGGUUCUUCAGUCGAUCCAACGAGCGAAAGCGAAACCGUCGGAACAGCGCCCUCCGAAGGCAGCGGUCUGUCAUACUGCUGUGCGGAGCAGCAACCAGUGUCACUUUUGCAGCGGCCCGUGGCACACCCCGUUCCGGUGCUUCAAGUUUCAGAAGAUGACGAUCUCGGAGCGCAACGACGCUGUUUCGAGAAACAAGCUGUGCAGAAACUGCCUGAAGCCUGGACAUAACCCGCGGAUGUGCGAAGGAGGAACUUGCCACCACUGUCACCAGAAACAUCACUCGAUGCUGCACAACGAUCAGAUGAGAUCCUCCGUUCCACAACAGCAGUCGAGACCAACCGCGACGACCUCAACUACAGACUCUCAAGCCACACAGCCACAAACCACUAGCCAAAACUACGUUGCACUACCCGUCACGCCCACACACAACAUCAUCCUGUCAACCGCGCUCAUCCGUAUCAAAGACCGCUUUGGAAACACGCUGCUAGCGCGUGCGCUUCUUGACUCGUGCUCACAGCACUGUUUGAUGACCAGAGAGUUCUCGCGACGACUCAAAUUCAUGCGACAAUCGUCGUAUUUGCCGAUCAAGGGAUCGGAACGUCGCGUUGCGUGUCGACGCACGUACGAGUCGGAGAUGCAGUUCCACGUCCUGCCCAAGCUCAACAUCUCGUUGCCGACGUCGUACAUCGACCCGGCUACAAUUCAGCUGCCCGACUGGAUGUUCCUGGCUGAUCCGGAGUUCCACAAAACCGGUCCAGUGGACGUCAUUAUCGGUGCCGAGUUCUACAUGGACUUGCUGACGGACGAACGGGUGAAACCAGCUGCAGACGGUCCCACGCUGCACAACACGGUGUUCGGUUGGAUCAUUUCCGGCCGGCUUCCCGGCAGCGUUCCAGAAUCGACGUCUCUCGUAUCCGUCGCGGCAAUCGACGAGCUGCUGACCAGAUUUUGGGAACUGGAAACGUGCCGCACCAAGAGCACGCACUCGAUCGAAGAAUCCUUGUGCGAGCAGCUGUUCGAGGAGACGACGCGUCUCGGUGAGUCCAGAUCAACAGCCAUCAAACGCUUCCUGGGACUGGAGAAGCGGCUGUCAGCGAAUCCAGACCUGAAACAACAGUACAGUGAUUUUAUUCACGAGUACGAGGCCAUGGGACACAUGAAACGGGUUGCCGGCGACACGGCCGGGGGAGAGUUAGCGUAUUACCUGCCACACCACUGCGUCUUGAGGCCGGACAGCACCACUACGAAGCUCCGCGUGGUGUUUGAUGCUUCGUGUCGCACGUCUACCGGAGUUGCUCUGAACGAUGCGCUCAUGGUGGGACCAGUUGUGCAGGACGAUUUACUGGACAUUGCGCUACGCUUUCGACUUCACGCUGUUGCCAUCGUCGCUGACAUCGCCAAGAUGUACCGUAUGAUUCGCGUCCAGCCUGACGACCAGAGACUGCAGAGAAUCGUUUGGAGAGACAAUGCUGACGAACCCAUCCGAAUCUACGAGCUGACAACUGUCACGUACGGAACGGCGUCUGCGCCGUAUUUAGCGACCAAGUGCUUGCAAAAACUCGGUGAGAUCGGAGAAAAGACGCAUCCAUCCGCUGCCAAGGUCCUCAAACGUGACUUCUACGUUGACGACAUGCUGGCAGGUGCGCACACGGUCGCAGAAGGAAAAGAGCUAGUCGCCGAAAUGGUCGAUCUGAUGGAAUCUGGCGGAUUCUCGUUGCGAAAGUGGCAUUCUAACUCCCGAGACAUCCUGCUCGACGUCCCGGAACAUCUUCGCGACGAACGGACCCUGCUAGAACUGGACACGUCUGACGCAACCGUCAAGACGCUCGGGCUCGUCUGGGAGCCAAGUACGGACUGUUUCCGUUUCAGAUCGCCAAAGUGGAACGACGUUGCAGUGAUCACGAAGCGUGUCGUGGCCUCAGACAUGGCCAUGAUCUUCGACCCGUACGGGCUGAUCGGUCCUGUCGUCGUCCAAGCAAAAAUCUUCGUGCAGAAGCUGUGGUGCAUGGAACUGGACUGGGACGCCGCUCUGCCAGAAGAUCUGCAGGAGUACUGGCGUGAAUACCGCAGAAAUCUAGCCGGUCUAGACAGCCUGUCGAUACCCCGCUGGAUUGGCACAGGUGCAGAUGACCAGAAUGUGCAGCUUCACGGGUUCUGCGACGCUUCAGUCAACGCUUAUGGUGCGUGCAUCUACAUCCGAACCGUUUCGGCCAACGGCGACGUCACCGUACGCUUGCUGGCCUCCAAAUCCCGUAUCGCACCGCUCGAGAACCUGAAGAAGAAGAAGCGUAAGCAGUCGAUUCCCCGCCUGGAGCUGGCGUCCGCUCUGCUGCUGGCGCAUCUGUACGAGAAGGUGGCCAACGCCAUCAACUUCCGAGGCAAAGCGUUCUUCUGGACGGAUUCCAUGAUCGUACGCUGCUGGCUUGCGUCACUACCGUCCAGAUGGAACCAGUUCGUGGCCAACCGUGUGUCCGAGAUUCAACACCUGACGGAGAGCGGAUCUUGGGACCAUGUGCCCGGAAUAGAGAACCCAGCUGACAUCAUUUCUCGCGGCAUGACACCGAUGCAGCUGCAGUACUCAAAGCUCUGGUUCAACGGUCCUGAUUGGCUGAGUCUCGACCACCAGCACUGGCCGCACGCUCAAGUGCCGAACGCAGCAGACUUCGACCACGAAGAACUGGAGGAACACAACGCUGUCGCUGCAGUUGCACAAGACGCCGAGCCCUGCAGACUGUUCACAGCGAAUUCGUCGUACACCGUGACAAUACGGACGACCGCUGUAAUCUGCCGCUUCUGUUUCAACAGCCGUGCGGCGAACAAGCAUUGUCGCAGAGUUGGUCCGUUGACGGCUGAAGAGCUCGAGGUCGCUUUGAAGAAGCUGGUGCGCCUCGCUCAACGAGAAUGCUUCCCGGAAGAAAUCAUCGAUGGAAUCCUGUGCGUCGGCGGCCGGUUGCAGCACGCCGCAGUCUCGGACAAUCGGAAGCAUCCGUACAUUCUCGACCAUCGUCAUCCGUUCACGAAGCUUAUCGUCACACACUAUCACGAGACCAUGUUUCACGCUGGACAACAACUGUUGAUCUCUGCUGUGCGUGAGCGGUUCUGGCCGAUCAACAUCCGCAACCUCGUUCGCGAGGUGAUCCACAAGUGUGUCGAUUGCUUCCGUGUCAAGCCGAAGGUUCUGGACCAGCUUAUGGCGGAUCUGCCGCCCGAACGAGUCACUCCGUGCACACCAUUCGCACGAGUCGGAGUUGACUACUGCGGACCUUUUCAGGUCGCGUACCCGCAGCGCCGAGCUCGCCCAGUGAAGUGCUUCGUUGCCAUCUUCGUCUGCCUGGUCACCAAGGCCGUUCACCUAGAACUAGCCGCAGACCUGACGACGCAGGCAUUUCUGGCGGCCCUCAAACGGUUCACUGCCCGGCGUGGCAAACCGAAGCUGGUCAUGUGCGACAACGCCAAGAACUUCGUCGGCGCAAGACGUGAGCUGAGCGAACUCGCCAAGCUGUUCCUAAGUCAGCAGUUCCAAGAGGAGAUCAUCCGCGAAACAGCGAACGACAGCAUCGAAUUUAAGUUCAUUCCCGCUCGCUCGCCGAACUUCGGCGGCCUCUGGGAGUCCGCGGUGAAGAGCUUCAAGUUGCUGUUCAAACGUACGAUCGGGCUGCACACCCUGCUGUACGACGAGUUCCAGACUGUGCUGGUUCAGAUCGAAGCGAUCCUCAACUCGCGACCGCUCACGCCGCUCAGCAACGACCCCGCAGACUUCGAAGCGCUCACCCCAGGACACUUCCUGAUCCAGCGUCCACUCACUGCGAUUCCAGAACCAAACCUCGACCACAUUCCCGAGAACAGACUGUCGGCCUGGCAAACCGUCCAGCGGUACACGCAGCAGCUCUGGAAGAAGUGGUCCAACCUCUACCUGUCGGACCUGCACAACCGCACGAAGUGGACAAAGCAAAAGGACAACGUUGCUGUCGGAACCAUGGUCCUGCUGAAGGACGAGAACCUCCCGCCGUUGAAGUGGCAGCUCGGACGCGUUUCCGAUAUCCACCCGGGAGCUGGCAAUAUCCGUGUCGUCACGGUGCGCACAAAGGACGGUAGCUAUCUGCGUGCGAUCUCUAAGAUCUGCAUUCUGCCGAUCCGUGACAACCUUUCUACCGCGCAAGGGGAGAACUAG